CUUACAUUAUGCCAGUUGCAUUGAAGAUAUUAUCAAAUAAAUAUCUAUCAAAAAGUUUGUUACGUUCAACAGAAUCAAGCAUAUAGUUGGAAACGUUACUUUUUCGAGUAGAACUCGAUUUAAUAGUGAACCAAAAAUAUGGAGAACAGUAAACGGUUUAAUCCAUACGUGAAAGUUCCACCAGACGAGGAAAUUGUGAUCUCAGGUAUCGCCGGGCGAUUUCCCAAUUGUGAUAAUAUAAAAAUGUUGCAAGAACAUCUUUUGAAUAAAGCCGAUCUUUGUUCGGAGAUGGAUCGACGAUUGAGAAAUGUUCACUAUGACAUGCCGGCUCGAUUAGGAAUGAUUAAUAAUGCAGAGAAGUUCGACGCGCAAUAUUUCAACAUGACGUUUUUCGAAGCGCACGUUACAGAUCCUAUGUGUAGAAUGUUGCUUGAACACACUUAUGAAGCGAUUAUCGAUGCCGGUGUAAACCCCAAAGAAUUACAAGGAACGAGAACCGGUGUCUUCAUAGGAUCAUGUUACUCUACGAGUAUCAAAGCUCUCUUUUACAGAAAUCAAAUACCUGGAUUCCCAGUUAUAAGGUCUAGUAAAUAUUGGUUAGCAAACAGCAUUUCUAACUGGUUCGGUCUUAAUGGACCAUCUUAUGUCGUGGACUCGGCCUGCAGUUCAUGCAGCUACACUAUGGCGGAAGCUUACAGGAUGAUACGAAGUGGAGAAUGCGACGCGGCCAUCGUAGGAGGCGCCAAUCUGUGUUCAAAUCCCAAUAUAACUCUUCAGUAUGAUCGACUUGGAGUUCUCUCCAAUAAUGGUUACUGUAAGCCUUUCGACAUUAGUGGUUCUGGUUAUGUGCGCAGUGAAACUAUCGCGGUAAUUUACCUGCAAAAAGCAAAGGAUGCAAGACGAAUCUAUGCGACUUUCGUCUACGCUAAAACCAAUUGUGACGGCUUCAAGGAAGAAGGCAUUAUGUAUCCUUCACUCAGCAUGCAGAAAAAUUUAUUAGAAGAGUUUUAUGAUGAUUGCGGUGUUACACCUAAAGAGCUAUCUUACAUAGAGGCUCACGCAACGGGUACUAAAGCAGGAGAUACUGUAGAAGUUGGUGCUAUUGAUCAAGCUUUAUGCUCAAAAAGAACUGCUCCUUUGUUGAUGGGUUCGAUAAAAUCGAAUAUUGGGCAUUCGGAACCUACCAGUUUUCUUUGCCAAGUGACGAAAGUAUUGAUAGCAAUGGAAACUGGUAUAAUUCCACCAAAUAUACAUUAUGAAAUACCGCGAAAGGAAAUUACUGCUAUAAUUGAAGGCAGAGUAAAGAUCGUUACCGAACCUACCUCAUAUAAAGGUGGUUACAUAUGUAUUAAUUCUUUCGGAUUUGGCGGUGCAAAUUGUCACAUAUUGUUGAAAUCGAAUCCCAAAAAUAAAAUCAACAAUGCAUCAUCAGACGAUUUACCUAGACUUGUAGUUGUAUCUGGUCGUACUGAGGAGGCUGUUAAAACUCUCUUAGAUGAUGUAAAUAGUCGAGAGCUAGAUGUGGAAUACGUUGCUCUUCUGCAUCGUGUUCAUGCUGAAAAUAUUGAAGGGCACCCGUAUAGAGGAUAUACUAUAGCAGGAUCGAAAACAGCUCCUAACACAAUAAAGAAAAUUGGAAAUGUAAGGAAACCAAUCUGCUUUGUAUUUUCAAGGACAGACGUUGUGUGGUGUAAUAUAGAAUUGAUGAAGCUGCCAGUGUUUGCCAAGGCAAUUGAAAAAUGCAAUGCGAUAUUAAAACAGCAUGAUAUGUACGUCACAGAUAUUCUAACGGACGAAAACAAAUUCACUUGCAACAGCGUUUUAAAAUCAUUCGUAGCAACUAUUGCUGUACAGAUUGGUCUAGUGGAUCUUUUAACGCAUAUUGGUAUCGUACCCGAUUACAUGAUUGGCCACUCCAUUGGUGACUUAAUUUGCGAAUAUGUUGAUGGAAUUUUCACUAUUGAAGAAACAAUUUUGAUGGCAUAUUAUAUGGGCAUUGCAUUUGAGCAAUCCAAAAUACAGAUUGAUGAUAUUACUGCAAAUCGAUGCAAAUACUUUGAGUCUGUCAGAUCGCAAGUUUUGGAGCAUUUUAGCCGCCUAUUACCGCUGCAGUCUCCAAAAAGUCGCGGCAUAACAUGGUUGGGUAGAUCUCGUAUUGAAUUCGACAACUCAUGCGCAAGUGUGGCGAAAUAUUAUGUAGACGGUAUAUUGUACCCGGUACCAUUAGAAAAUAUUAUACCUUUGAUAUCAAAAGAUAUAGUAUUUGUCGAGAUGAUGCCGCACAAUGUUUUUCAAUCAAUCAUAACAAAGUCGUUGAAAUCAACGAUAACGUUGAUUUCAUUGUGUAAACAUAGCCAUGCGAAUACCAUACAAGAUGUUUUAGAAGGAAUUGGUGAUAUUUAUAAUACAGGCUUCCAGCCGCAAAUUUCAAAUUUAUAUCCUCCAAUGCAAUUUCCGGUUAGUCGUGGGACACCAAUGAUUUCUCCUCUCGUCAGAUGGAAUCACUCUGAGGACUAUUACCUCGUCCAUUAUAAAGGUGAAGAAAAAAUGUUUAACAGAGAAGUAGCCGUCAAUAUUAAAACCGCUAGUGCAGACUACGAAUACAUGUCUGGUCAUGUAAUCGAUGGGAAAAAUCUGUUACCAGCUACCGGUUAUCUUUUUCUAAUUUGGCAUAUGAUUAGUCGGUUGAGCGCCAUUGACUUUCGCAAAACACCAAUUGUAUUUGAAAAUGUUAAAUUCGUUCGCACCACUUAUUUAUCAAACAAAGAUGAACUGGAAUUAAUUUUAAUAAUCCAAGACAGUAACAACUUUGAGAUUAUAGAAGGAAACAAUGUUAUCGUAAGUGGAGUCGCGAGAGUACCUGACGAUAUCGCGAGUGAAAAGUUACCUGUCCAAUUUCUGUCCAAGCACGAGGAUGAUGAGGAGUACAUGAAUACCGCAGAUAUUUAUAAGGAGUUACGUCUUCAUGGCUAUCAGUAUACCGAUUUAUUUCGUUCGCUGAAGAGUGCCUCGAUCACAGGAAAGAUAGGUCAUAUUAAAUGGCUGUCAAACUGGGUAGUAUUCAUGGACAAUAUGUUGCAAAUGAAAAUUCUGUCGCUCGACUCAAGAAGUAUUUACAUACCGAUCCAAAUUGACAAAUUGGUAAUCGAUCCUACAUAUCACUUAAUGCAGGUUCAGAAUCUCCCUGUUGGAGAAAGAGACUUACCCGUACGCGUCUACGAUUCUAUAGAUGCAAUAGUAUCCGGAGGAAUAGAAAUUUCCGGACUCAAAGCUACGGUCAUAUCUCGUCGGUUGACAUGCGCCGAAGCAAUACACGAGGAAUACAGAUUCACUGCUUAUCGCGAUCACGCCUUAGUGUCCUUGAAAGAAGCGGUGAAAAUAUCGGUGGACAUUGCACUUGAGUGCUAUGAAUUGAAAAACGUCAAAGUAAUCGAGUACGUCGAGGAUAACGACAAAAUCCUGUUGCAGGAUUUGGUUACUCCAAUUGUUCAAGAAGUUCUAAAUAACGUGCCAUUAGUACGAUCUAAACUUACGUUGGUCGCAACGGCCAAUAGAUUCAACAAUUCCUCUUUGCCUCCAAAUCUGACGAUCGUACAGUUUGAAAAACUGGCGAAAGACAACGUUUGCUUAAUGGCCGUUGGUGUUGGAAUUUUAACUAAAGAUAUACACUUUACAAACAAAUUAUUGUCCAGUGUAAUGACUGGAGGCUUUUUGCUGAGCAGAGAGGAUCUCAGUAUGACUUACGAUCACUCGUUACUGCAACGCAAUAAUCUGAAUGUUAUCCUGGAGAAACGUACGGAACGAGAGGUUCUAGUACUUUUAAAAAAGGCGCUAAACACCGUGAAGAUUCGAGAAGUCGUACAUAUAAGCAAUCACGAAUUCUCGUGGAUUGACAAGCUGAAAGACGCAAUGGAUAUAGAAAACGAGUUGAAUGCAAAUACAAAAAAUAAAAAAGUAAUAGUAGUUGCAGAAGGUGAUUCGGAGUGCGGUGUAUUAGGACUUGUUAAUUGUUUACGAAAAGAGCCAAGUGGGGAAAUGAUUGAAUGCAUAUUUAUUCAAGACAAGGAUGCGCCCAAGUUUUCCUUGCAAGAGCCAUUCUACAUGAAGCAAUUGCAACUGAACUUGCCAAUUAACGUCUUACGUCCCGGCAAAAUUUGGGGCUCUUACAGACACUUUCCGUUACCUGUGCCAGAGCCGAGACCUGUGCAGUGUGGCUAUGUUCUUCAACAGACUCUAGGUGAUCUCAGCACGUUCCGUUGGGUUGAAGGACGAGUAUCUGCCAAUAUCAAGCAUAGUAUAAACAUAGUUUAUGCAACGCUUAAUUUCAAAGAUAUUAUGAUAGCUACCGGUAAACUUCUUCUGGAAUCCUUUGCAUCAAUCAGACGAGACGUUGAUUCUAUAUUUGGUUACGAAGUUGCUGGUUUUGAUAAAAGUGGGCAGCGAAUAAUGGGUUUUACUUCUUAUAGAGCAAUAUCAAAUAUUCUAAUAGAUGAUUUCAUUAUAUCCUGGAUUAUACCUGACGAGUGGACAUUUGAGGACGCUGCCACAGUUCCGUGCGCUUAUGCUACAUGUUACUAUGCUCUGUACAUGAAAGGAAAAAUUAAGAAAGGGGAUAAAGUUCUCAUUCAUUUGGGCAGCGGUGGUAUUGGUUUAGCCGCGAUUAAUCUCGCACUAAACGAAGGAUGCGAAAUUUUUACAACAGUCGGAACACCUGAGAAACGACAAUUUAUUAGAGAAACUUUCCCCUCUAUACCUGAUGAUCAUAUUGGCAAUUCUCGCGAUACAAGCUUCGUACAAAUGAUCGUCCAGCAAACACACGGUCGGGGUGUAGAUAUCGUGCUAAAUUCUCUAGCUGAGAAUAAACUUCAAGCAUCUGUUCGCUGUUUGGCGAGAGGUGGUCGAUUUCUUGAAAUAGGAAAAUACGAUUUAAUUUCCAAUAAUAUCUUAGAUAAAAUGGUUUUCGCGAGAGGCAUUAGUUUCCACGGCGUUAUGUUGGACAAAAUAACCUGCGCCUCCGAAGAAACAAAGAGACACUUAUAUGACUUAUUUUCGCAAGGUUUAAAAAAGCGCGUGAUAAAACCGCUCCCGAGGAAGGUCUUCGAAAAGACCGAAAUAGAAGCUGCUUUCAGGUACAUGGCAGCUGGUAAGCACAUAGGAAAGGUACUAAUUAAGAUACGCGACGAAAACGAGCCACUGGACCUUCCUAUUCUCGCUUAUCCCCGAUUUUUCUGCGAGCCUCAUAAAUCUUACAUUAUUUUGGGCGGCCUCGGUGGUUUUGGUUUGGAAUUGGCCGAUUGGCUGAUUCUGCGCGGAGCCCGGAAGCUUGUCCUGACUUCACGGACUGGGAUUCGAAAUGGUUAUCAACGUUCAAGAGUAGAACUAUGGAAGUCCUAUAAAGUGGAUGUACAAAUCAUUAUAGGUGCUGAUGCAUCUAUUCAUAAAGACUGCGCAAGUAUCUUAAAUUCCGCCGCGGUAAUGGGACCAGUGGACGCUGUAUUUAACCUCGCGGUAGUACUGAAGGAUGCUAUCUACAAGAACCAAACCGUUGAGACCUUCGAAGAAUCAUUCAAGCCGAAGGCGAAGGCCACAAAAAUGCUUGACGAACUAUCCAGAAGAAUGUGCCCCGAUCUUCGACACUUCAUAAUUUUCUCGUCUGUCUCAUGCGGCCAAGGUAAUGGCGGGCAAACUAAUUAUUCUAUGGCCAAUUCUAUCAUAGAGAGAAUUUGCGAGAAGAGAGUGCAGGACGGAUUCCCUGGGAUGGCUAUACAAUGGGGCGUGGUGGGUGAUGUCGGUCUCGUUGUUGACAUGAUGGAGGAUAAUAAGGAAUUAGUUAUUGGAGGUAAAUUGCAGCAGAAAAUAUUGUCCUGUCUACAGUCACUAGAUGCUUUCUUGGUGCAAAGUCGACCUAUCGUGGGUAGUAUGGUCGUGGCAAAGAAGGAAACGGAUCUAAAAGGAGAGAUGAACAUUUUAGAGACCGUUGCAAAUAUCAUGGGGCUGAAAGAUAUAAAAAUAGUCGGUUAUCACACUCCGCUAUCGGAAAUCGGUAUGGAUUCGAUGACGGUAGUCGAGGUCAAGCAAACAUUAGAGCGAGAAUUCGAUGUUUACCUUACUGCACAGGAUAUUCGGAAUCUCACCAUCAAAAAACUCCGCAAAAUGGCUAACACAAAUAAGCGUUUCAGAAAGGAGUCUAACCGAAACGAGCCUAUUGUCAGUAUGGAGGAAAUAAAAUCCUAAACCAAUUACAGCGUUUGCUGAUUUUACUUGAAAAUUUUAAUUAUUUGAUUCCAAUGUUACAUCACAUUUAAAAAUUCUCACUGGGACUCGAACUUGGACCAUGAAGCAUCUUUGGAUUAUGAGUCUCUUGCUUAGACACUACA